AAGCUACUGAAACUGGGCUAAGUUCCACCUGGGUCUGGCUCACUGAAACUGGAUUUAUGUGCUUUUAAUUUACCUUUUUAAAAUUGUUUUAUCCCAAUGCAAGGAUCAUAGUAUAAUUUAUUUUAAAGAAUCCUGAAGAUGCUAUAAAAUGUGUUUGUAUUUUGUUGUUGUGUCAGUCUUAUGAUUAAAAGAUCAUGCACCACUCAGAAUUAAUUCUGUGGAUGAUGACAUUGUUAUGAAGUCCAUUGAUUGAAACUACAUGUUGGCCCGUGAAAGUUUUAAAAGAAGAAAAUUUACUGUAAAAUUAACUGAGUGCAUUUUGAUGUUGUCAUGCACUUUAAUUUUUCCAUUCAAUGAUAGUUUGGCUAGAUGAUGGUGGUGUUUUAUCAUCAUGCUGCUUGAUGGUCAAGAUUAAUAUGGGGCAGAGCUGGUCAUGCUGGCUGUUGGCCUGGUGAAAAGGUACAUUUGUACAUUUGUAUGAGUAUGAUACAGUGAUUCCUUAAACAGAAGUUUUAUUUUGUCUUCACUGUCAAGUUCUAAGCAUUUUUGUGCAUUAUAGCUAAAAAAAACUCACUAGGUGUAAAUUUUGAGAUGUUAACCUUCCAUAAGCUUUGAAGUUUUUUCCUAAAUUUUCACAAGUUUGCUUUUGUCUCAUCUGACAGUACUCUUGCCUUAGUGACUGAGGCUUCAAUCAAAUGAAAACAAACAGAAUCAUUUUGUCUCUGAUUUAUUACAUUUUGUAUCUUAGUAACAUGUAUCAAAUGAUGAAAGUGUUAAAACCUUAAGCCUCUUGUAGGAGUGCUAGUGAGGUCUUUUCCACUUAUUAUCUGAUGGUAUGUGUAGAUAAAUGGAGUCAUUGAACACAGAAAAUUACUUUACAUGUUGAUCUGCAAGUAACAGCCGGUUACUGAGGCUGUUAUUUUCCACCUUAAACAAAGGCCUUUUUUUUUUCUUUUCAGAUGGUAGGAGCAUUGCUUGAGUCAAGCGUAAGUUUUCUGAAAACUGUUGAUGUUCUGCGUGUGAUAAAGUAACAACAUAUUGCUGGAACACCAAAUGAUGAACAUGAAUCGCUACAUUGAACAUUCAUGAAAAUUAUGGUACAGACUCUAAUUUUUUCCUGAUGGUGUUCCUGAGCUACUUUUAAAUGAUCAAAAGCAUCUCCUUCCUGUGUUCAGUAAUGUCUUUUUCUUUUUCUUUCCCAACAUAGUUUAAAAACUUGAGCAGCACUCCUUUGAUAAAUGAAAGCAGAAAUCUGUUUCCUGAUCAUGAGGUACAAUUUUUGUUGUCAAACAAAUGUUAUAAUCUAAGGGCACGUAUCAAAAGACAAAACCAUCUGUCGCACUGCCGGACCAAACAUUUUUGAAAAUGAAAAAACCCUAUUUUAGCAUAGCAUGAGAAAGCAGCCAACAUUUUGUGACUCCACCACUGGUUUCCCUAAUGACGUCUGAGGAACAAGCACAGAAAUCAGUUCCAUACUGGCAGAUCACGCAUCACUACCCAGAUCUGGGUACUGCUUCUGAUUGGUUGAAGCAAAUUUUCAACUAAACAAAGCCAGUGGUGGCGUUGCAAAGUGUUGGCUGUUUUCUCAGGCUAAUUUGGGGAGCUUUUGCUCAAAAAUCUAUCUCUGGUGUACUGCCUCGUUCCCAUGGUCCUCUCCUACUCUCUUGCUCUCGCUCCGACCAGGGGAUGAGUAGGAAAGGAGUCUGGGGACAAGGUUGCUUUGCAGUACACACUAGUAAGACUUGGUAGUAUCACAAACUAAUCUGGCCUAAACUGUAUUGGUCUAGCUGGCCAUUUCUUACUUUAUGGUAAGUGCCCUAAGAAAAUAGCACGUACUAAGUAGUAUUUAAGUGCUGAACUUCCUUUUUUAGUGGCCCGGUUUUUUAAUGCUUUCACAUAAAAAUAUUGAGACUUUUCACAUGUCAAUAUUAACUCCUUAAACUUCUUGAUGCUCACAUAAAAGUGGAGUAAUUGAAAUCUAAAUCAAAUGUUGUGGGCAGUACUUCGAAUGGCCCAAAUGCAUUAAGGCAGGCCUACACGCCACAAUAAAACUUUUCUGCCUGAAGAACUGCAAAAUUACACGCUACGACUUAAUUAUUGACAGGGGGUAUUGAGCCGAUCUCUCUGCCUAAAGAAAUUCACCUCAAUAAAAGUUGCACCGCCUAUUUGAUGUUUCAUUUGGUACUUUUAGAAUAUUAGUUUAAAUUUUUUUUCCAGCCUUCGUAAAACCAUGAUUCUUGGACUGCACUGGAUCAUUGUAUAUCUUGGGGUAGUCCCCAUUCUUGUAAUCUGCACAAGAGAUGUUGUAUGAAUGAUGCAUUUUUCUUCACAUGUGUAAAAUAUACACUGUCGUCAAUAAAGACAAUUUGUGAUGAAUAUCUUUUUGGAAUAUUUUACAGAUACAAUCAAAACCCAUUAAUACAGACACUGCAGGGAGGGGGGGGCAUAGAAAAGUGUCCAUAUUAACGAGGUGUCAUAUAUAAAGAAAGAUGGUAAAUUUUAAGCUCGGUGAAGAAAUGAAUGAUGUGUGAUGUGAUCAACUUGUAGCGAACAUGGGACAAAGAAAAAAAUCUGAGUCCUUGUACACUGGUUGGAUGCUCUAAGCACUGAGCUAUGAGGGACUGAAGGACUUGAGGCGUGUUGGGCCAUAUAAAAGGUUCAUGUAUGACAUGCAUCCUGCGUAUUGCUAGGAUCAGCAAUGUCGAAAUCAUCAUGUCACGUGGUGUCCUUAUUAAGCGGGUAGAAUUUAGAGAAGAUGUAAGAUCUAGGGACGUGAAAAACUGUCCGUAAUAACGAUGUCGCUGGGUUUGAUUUUAGUGGAAAUAAGACAUGUUUCUACCUUUGUUUUCGUAUUCACAGAUGCGCAUUCAAUGCUAUAGUCCUACAAUGUGACUACUCGAACCGGGGCACUUGGAAGAAGAUUAUCCAAUCACAACGUUUUUUGAAAACAAAAGAUUCUCACGUUUUUUUUUAAAUGGAACCAAUAAAAUUCAAGGUUCAACUAUGCAAUAGACUACGAGCAGUCUCUCUUUUUUCUUAAGUUACGACUGAAAAACGGGCAACAAAAAAACGUGCAACUUGUUUUGCAACAUUGCUGCAAAACAAAUAUCAUUGUUUGCAGGUUAAAUUCAAAGUUUGAUUUGAGAAGACUCUGUCGAUCAGUUGGGGCUACAAUACUUCCAAAAUUUGUAAGUUUGCUUAAUAGCUUUUUUAUUCCCCCACCAUUUUGUUAGCUCGACUAUCAGCCACUGAUCUGAAAAUAAGCCUGAGCUCCUCUCCUAAAGGGGGGACAAGACCAGACUGCAGUCAGAAGAGCAGUGGAAAUCGAGCCUACGAUGUUACAUGAGAAUAACAGUAGUAUUCGGGCAAGUCCCCCACCUUAGAAGAGUGCUGCUCCAAUCUUUGGCAGCUUGCUCACCCGUUACUUUCAAUUCACGUUAUUAUUUUUAUAUGAAACUGGUUUCUUUUAGGGGGUGCCAGUGAAUUUGAGCAACGCUUAAAAAAUGAAAUUCUGAUACCUUUUGUGGGAAUCUGCAGCUAUCUUUCCUAGAAGGACGUUUGAUAUCAUGAGACAUUGUUCCCAGACUUCCUCGUCGUCCUGUCCUUCUCGCUUUAGGGAAGGGCGUCUGGAAAAGCCGGAAACCGGAAUCCGGAAUAGGAACGGGAAUGGGAACAGGAACCGGAACCGGAACCGGAAACAGCAACGGAACAGGAACAGCAAUGUGAAGGGGAACCAAUACAAGAACAGGGAUAUCAUUUACUUUAAAUUAUUUUAAUUCGAAUUCAAUUUAUACAAAAAAUAAGAACACUACUCUGGUAUCAUGCUCCCCCCUCCCCGAAUCUCUUUAUAAUACGGCAGCGAGAAGGUAGAAAAAGCCGCAAGUUAAAUAAGUAAAGCAACAGCUUUGCGAGUGCAGCGAAUCGCGCUUUCUGUCAAUUUCUUCACCGCGUAUGCACAACUACGAUGUAAAUGAUCAAAUCUUAAGUUCUCUUGAGAACGUGAACGGCAGGCAAUAAAUUUUAUUGUGUCUUUCUGAGCUCGGACGCGGUCUCCAGCUUCAUUUCCCAACCUUUAAAAGACUGGGCAAUUCGGAAUUAAUGAAAAAAUUCAAUUUCUCAGUGGCGUUUUCGCUGGCUUUGCCGUCGUCAGAGCUUAAGGUUCCUUUUGUCUCUCACAGAAAGGUGGUUAUCACAUGUUAAUAUUAUUUGUCAGACCAUGUGUAUACGAGACACCCAUGGGAUAUAUAUAUAUAUAUAUAUAAAAUUUAGCACCGUACAAUAUAUAUAUAUAUAUAUAUAUAUAUAUAUAUUUAUAUAUAUUGUACGGUGCUAAAUUGGGAAGUUAACCAGAGAUAGAUAGUCCACAGCUUAAAAAGGGUAUUAACACGUACCUCCUCCCCCUCCCCCCCCCCAACCCAUCCCAGCCAGUACUUCAUCUACCUCAACCGCGUGCAAUAGGGACCUUAAUAAGCAAGCAGAACGUUGAUGUCCAGGACAUUAAAAAUGGAAACUGGAAGUGGAUGUUUUCUGUCUUUAGGUGCUCUGACUCAACAAAUUCGCACAGUGGAAGGUAAGAGGAAGAAUUCAGAUUCGUUGUGUGAGACAGAAACGUUCCAUCAAGCGACGGUCAGCGUUCUCGUUGCUUAAGUUCGCUAUUAUGUUUGGCACGAAAACACAAUGUGUCAUAGGCUAAAGAUAAAGAAAGGUUAAUUAGAUUAAUAUUUCAAGGGUGUUUUCUUGUUUCUUUCAUUAUUUCUCUGCCUUUUUAUUUAUAUCACGAUUAUAUCUUUUUCUUUUCAUAUCUCUAUACACUGUUUAUAUUUCCCUUCCUAUUCCGGUUCCUAUUCUAUUUUUCCCUUAUUUUUCGUAUGUAAUCUGAACAGGAAUUAAAUCCAGAUAAACUUAAAUUAAGGUAAAUGUUGUCCCUGCUUUUUAUAGGUUUCUCUUCCCAUUCCAGUUCCUAUUCCGGUUCCGGUUCCUGUUCCUGUUCCUAUUCCCGUUCCUAUUCCGGAUUCCGGAUUCCGGAUUCCCGCUUUUCCAGACGCCCUUAGGGAAUGGGUAGAAGAGAGAGCCCUGGUGUGAAGUUACCACCGUAGUAGUAAUAGUCAUGAAGUAAAAUCCCAGUAAGAGGAAUCACUAUAAUGCAACAAGCAGCGUUAAUCAUUUUGUUUAACUGAGUUUAGUCUGAAAAAUAGGGGGAAGACAGCACUAAAAAUCAUUGGUUACUGAAUACUUUUGUCUCCCAUCAUUCCAGACAACUCCCACAUCAGAGGAGAUAGGUCACUGUGAUGAAAUCAAGGUGUCAGGGAUUGGUGACUCUUCGGUUACUAUUUUUAAACAAGGUACUGAACUACUUAAUAACGGUACUCAUUUAUUGAUUGAUUUAUUUAUUUGCAAAAGCAACAAGAAAUUUUAGGUUUACUUGUAGGUAUAGUGAAGUAGAUUAUUGUUGCAAUCAAGAGAUGAUAAAGUUUAAGAGAAUGAAUCUGUUCUAUUGGCCUUAAAUGAUGAUGCUGAUGUUAGUAACGAGGAAUGAGGAAUGGUCGAUUCGCCCUCGGUUUAUUUCGAUUCGCCCGAUGUGUAUUUGUCGUCUUUAAACCUGAGGAAAGAAAUAAGCGUGAAAAUACAGUGAAUGUACAAAUGGAAUCCAAGCUUAACUAAAAUAACAUCUCCGAUAAGUAUGUUCACCCUGUCUUUGAGUUUUGUAUCUCAUCGGGCGAAUCGACUUACGUCCGGCGAAUUGACUUUCGGGCGAAAGGACUUCAAUUUAUACCUUCACACCCACGCAAAAGGAGCAUCUCAAGUCUCGCCACCAGUCCUACUCAUUUCAUCUCCUGUAAUCUUGUGUCUUGGAGCGCGAGGAGACGGCUGUAUCUACUGUUGUAAUCCGGGGUUUCACCGAAAAUAUCAUGGACGAUAUUGAGCGAGCUGUUGAUGAUGGAGUAAAAACGUUUAAAGCGCUUACCCGCGAUGAUCGCUUUGUACCAAGCAGGUAUCCAGCUUUGGAGAGGUAUGCUGAGUUGCAGGUCUUAACAUAUAUGUAUCAGUGUCACUCUGCUUUUGAAUUCAAAGUGGUUAAGGCUUGGUAAUUACAUAUGUGAAACGUGUAACUGUACUGCACAUGCUUUUACUUUGUUACAAAGAUAGGUUUUAAAAGCCUGCUGUUGGUUUCCCAACUACAGUUGAACCUCCAUGUGUGAAAAAAGCUCAAAAGUGCAAAAAAGGGGCAGGGGGAGGGGGGAAACAUGAAAGGUAAAAACUUCCCUCUCCCCAUUCUCCUCCCUACCCGGCGCCCGUCCUUUAGACUCCUACAAGCAGGUGACGUGCGCCCCCUCUCCUAAGCGACCAGUUUGGAUGGUGGCUGUGGAGAGUCUUGACCGUGUGAACUUGUAUUGCGCACUAGCCGUUAACUGUUUGUCCUGUUUCCUGUCAGACUUGUGCAGGCCUUGAACAAUAUGCCAUGGACAAAUUUGCCGAAUCCUUGGAGGUCAUUCCCAGGACCCUCGCGGAAAAUGCUGGCGUAAAGCCUACAGAGUUGAUAUCUAAACUCAAAGCUGCCCACCAGGGUGGGGACAAAAAUGCUGGCUUUGAUAACGAGGUAUAGUUGAAGUACUAAAUAACGUAAUGUAAAAUUGGAUUUCAACACGGAGGUACUUAGCAGAAAAAAAGAACUGACAUAACUUGAAAAUCUUAGGCAGACGACACCAAAAUAAAAUAAAUGUUAGAUAAUACUAAAAAUUUUCAAUUCGAUUUAAAAAAGAGAAGAAAUCCAGAUAAGAAUACCGUAAACUGCCGCUUAUAAUCCCUGGGCUUAUACAAGUUCGUAAGGGGUUUUGGGUGGGCUUCUAAACGGGGGGCUUAUAUCCGAGGGGGCUUACAACCGGAAUAUGCUGUAAACUGCCGCUUAUAAUCCCUGGGCUUAUACAAGUUCGUAAGGGGUUUUGGGUGGGCUUAUAGACGGGGGGGCUUAUAGCCAAAAUGAGCAAGAGCACUGUUGAUCGACGUAUGUUUUAAAUUUAUUACUCUUACAAUUGAAGCCUUAAAAAGGCAGCAAUAAAUCGAAUUCAGUUACAAAACAAAAUCAAAACUGUAACUGGGGCUUAUAUCCGGAUGGGCUUAUAAUCGGAUGUAUUUUUUUGGGUGGGCCUAUAACCGGGGGGCUUAUAAACGGCAGUUUACGGUAUGCUUAAUAUAGUGCACAAGCUAAAAAUUAUAUAGCUAAAAAUGUAUAUAUUUACCAAUCCUGAUUCCAGUUGUUUGAUAAAGUUUUUGUUGUUUUGUUGCCGACCGUAUUUGGUCUGUUAAAUUGUUCCUCAUUUUUGGGUCAUCGUUUGUAAAUGUGUUAGCGUAGAAUCUUGGGUUUUUUGUUUAGACCCUUUUAUUUACAGUGGAAUCAUGAUUUUCAAACGCCUUUUUUGGGAAAAGCUAAUUAGACCGAAUUAUCAAGAGGUUCGAAAAAUCGAGGAUGAAAUAGGCCAUUUCCGAGAGGGGAUAAGUUCUAAUCUAACGUGGUGACACUGACAUAUAUGAUCUGACAUACCUUUGGAUGUUGUUUUUCUUAGGGUGGUGGAGCUGCAGUGAAAGACGCAGUAAAAGCAGGAAUCUUAGACUUGUAUCUUGUAAAGCACUGGGCUAUCAAGUUCGCCACUGAUGCAGCUGUUACAGUACUUAGAGUGGAUCAGGUAAGGGAACACAUUUGUGUCGUGCCGUAGCUCUUCAACAAAAUUCUCGUCUUUAAAUCCAGUUUAUACAAUUAUCUUUGUCCUGAUUAAGACCUUGAAGAUCUAAAUUUUAAGUGUUUGUCUCAUAGAGUUCAUUAGCAGCCUUUAGAUUGGAUUAUGGUGACACGUUAGAUUUUUGAUCCAGUUAUUUUCCCAAGAUUUUACCAGUUUUCUGUUGCUGGCCAGAACAUGAGAUGUCUGAGGUAUAAUGGUAGUCCAAUCCAGAAGUCCUUAUUUUUUACAACCCCAACUCAGGCGUUGGUUAUAUGCUUUAUAGAGGGGAGAACAGGGCUGUCUUUAAGAUGCGCGGGCCGGGGAUUUCCCCCGGCUAGUUUCCAAGGGAAAUAGAAGAAAAAUAGAACCAAAAGAAAUCCGUAGCCGUUUGAUUCCCCGCCUACUUGUUGUAUUUAUCUGACAACUUGAAAUCUUAGUGACAAACCUGGGAGAAGCGAUGACGUCGCAAAAAGUAGAAUUGGUGAAAGGGGUUGGUUGGCAUGUCCAGAAAGAAAAAAGGUGAAAAAUGUCCACUUGCUAAAAAAUCAGCCAGUUACAAAGUAAUUUUCAAGGAGUUAUAAUAACUCCUCUAGAGGGGUUAAUUUAACUCCUUACGGUGGAGUUAUUUUUUGGGGAGUUAUUUUAACUCCAAAAAGGAGUUUAAAGAACUCUUUUCAGGAGUAAAAAAUCACCUCAAAUUUGGAGUUAAAUUAGGGGUUAAAGUAACCCCAUAAAAGGGGUUAUCCUGUACCUAAAAUAACUUUUACUCCAUCUUUGCAUUUAUAAUAACUCUCUAAAAAGUACUGUGUAUAGUACAAAUUAGUGGUAAGAUGUAAGCAUCGGUAUGCGCCGUUCACUCCAUUUAAAUCUUUCUAAAAUAUGCAAUCGAGGCUAAUUUUAAGAGGAUUUGUAUGGAGUCAUCAGAGCAUAGCGGUGCUUAUAUCACUCCCACCAAAUUUUGCACUUGUAGCUUAAUUUUUAGAAAAGUGGGCAUUCUUCGUAUUGUUCUUUAAUAAUAUGCAAGCCAAUCCCAUAAUUUCACAAAUUUAAAUUUACUCUAUUCUGGAAAUAAAAAAGAUGUAAACUAACAGGAAAUUUUAUAGGGGAAAGCUGCCACUUUAUGGUGCAAGUAACGAAACUAUUAUCCUUCAAAUAUCCUUUCACAAGGUAGUUUUUGAAACUUUGAAGUAACCAAUGCAUGUUAGAAUUAUGCCCUUGCAUUUUCAGAUUAUCAUGUCCAAACCGGCCGGAGGACCAAAGCCUAAAGACAAUCCAAACUGGGAUGAAGAUUGA